AUGGUCCUUGAUUCUGGCAAUCAUGAAGAAGUUGGGAUUAAUGCUACUUGGAUUAGUUGGAUUGAAACAUGCAUCUCCUCCUCCUCUUUCUCCAUUUUUAUUAAUGGAAGCCUAUUUGGCAAGUUUUAUCCUGAAAGAGGGUUGAGACAAGGUGAUCCCCUUUCCCAUUUCCUUUUCAUUUUGGACUCAGAAGUUUUGUCAAGAUUAUUGUUUAGAGAAGAAAGCAUUGGCAACAUAAGAGGCAUGAAGAUUGCCAGAAGAUCCCCAGCCAUCCAUCAUCUGCUGUUUGCAGAUGAUCUGCUUAUUUUUGGAAAGGCUUCCUUACUUGAAGCAAAUAGUAUCAAAUCCUGUUUAGACAAAUACUGUUCUUGGCCUGGUCAAUCCACCAAUUCCUCCACCUCCUCCUCCAUCCUAAAUAUCCUUCCCUACAAUUCUAACCCUUCCUGCUCCAUUUAUCUUGGGCUCCCAAUUCUUAUUGGUAGAUCCAAAAGUGCAGCCUGCCAAAGCAUCUUAGACAAGGUUCGGAAUAGAAUUGAAGGUUGGAGAGCCAAGACCCUCUCCCAAGCUGGUAGGUUGGUGCUCAUUAAAGCAGUGACUGCAGCUAUCCCCUCGUAUGCUAUGGGUACUUUUUUGUUGCCUACUAGCAUUUGUAAAAAGCUAGAUCAAAUGUUCAAGAAUUUCUUGUGGGGUUUCCCUCCAACAAAAGCUAUAAAUCUCUCCCUUAAAUCAUGGGACUCUCUCUGUAUGCCAAGAGAUGCUAGAGGUUUGGGAUUCAGGAAAAUGAAAGAAGUUAAUCUAGCUCUCAUUUCUAAGCUAGGUUUGAAGCUCCAAACCAACUCAGACUCCAUGUGGGUGAAUCAACUCGAAGGUGUCAUUCCAGACACUGCCACUUUAGCUUCUUCCAUCAAAAAGUCCACUUUAUCUCAUGCUGCAGCUUGGAAAUCAUCUUCCCCUAGAGGAAUCGAAGUCUGGUCCCCUCCUCAGGAAGGUUAUCACAUGAUCAACUUUAAUACAGUCAUUAGAGAGCAUUUAUCAACUCAAGCAGCCGUUUGUAAAAACCACAAAGGAAAAAUUAUCAAAGUUAUCUCCCUGAUUAGCCCUUCUUGCACUCCUAACAUUAGGAAAGCACUGGCAACUCUGUUGGCUGCCUCUUUAGCAGUGUCCUUGAAGCUCAAAAAUUUUACCAUCGAAGGAGACUCUCUCAUUGUCAUUAUUGAUCUUCAACAUCCAUCAAUCAUACAAGACUAG